UGUGCUUGCUGGAAGCCCUCCAAAAAGAAGCGCCAGUCUGCUGUCCAAAGAUCCCCUGUUUAUAUGGAGCAGUGUGAGAUCGGCCAUGAUGGUAAGAUACCAGAGGAGAGGGACUCGAACACACAACCUUCACCGACCAGCUGUGUCAGUCAUAGGUUGUUGGGUCAGGCCCUAUCAGGUUUCAGAGUGUGCUUAUUCAGGGAUUCUAAUCCUGUCUAACUGUUGUUGUGGUGUUUUUGGAUUGUUUUUCCUCCUAGUGAUGUGGUUCCCAACCAAUGGGUUAUCCUGGGCGCAGGAGCCCUCUUGCUCUCUAUGUGCUCAUGAAGACGAACUUGAUGAGAGCUGCUCGAGGAAUCCUCACAUCCAACCAGGGCUUAGUUACCAGCCCAACUACGCCCACACACUUGAGGGCCACGCCCACUCCCUCCGCAGGUACCCUCGCAGUCCUGUCCCCUCCCCCCUGGCUCAACCCCAUCGGCCCACCCCCUGCGCCCCAUCCUCCACCCAUGUGCCCCACCCUCUGCACCAUCACCACUCGCCACUGGCUCUGGGAGGAGACCCCGCCCCACCUGUGAGCCUUCCAACCAACCGGCAGACACCAGAGCCGCCCAUAACCACGGAGACCACAGAGGGCCGAGUUCCCGCCCCUCUCCACUGCCCUUCCUUCAUGACCCGAGGCUGGGACUGGAGGGCCUGAGUGUCUGAGUACCCACCUAGCAGUGCUCACUCCCAACACCCCUCGCUAUGCCGUCACUCUAUAUGUUUGAUAUUAGCUACCAUGAGAGGAUAACAUUCCUUUUGUUUGUAUGGAUCUUUAUGUGCUCUCCUGCUCGCCCUGUUUGGAAGCAUGAGACUGAGACACUUUCUUUACGCAGACAGACAGACAGACAGACAGACAGACAGACAGACAGACAGACAGGUAAGCAGGCAGUGUAACUGACAGACAGAC